UUGCCAGGGCGCGAGCAAAUACAGUUUUCGAUCCGAUUCACGAUUUUCGUAUCACCAUGAUUGUGUCGCCGUCGGUAGUGGUGAUGUUGGUGGUGACCCUGGCCCUGCUGGUCAGUGGGUCCAUGGGUGCAAGGGAGCGAUCCUUGCGACUGCCGAACGCCACCUAUCCGCUGUUCUACCAACUGCACAUAGCCAGCGAUAUACACAAGGGACAGCUGCUCUUCACCGGAAAUGCCACCAUUGACGUAGCCAUCCGGCAGUCAACGAACGAGAUAGUGCUGCACGCCAAGAACCUGUCUGAUAUUGAGAUCACUGUUCGCCGGCUGACGGACGCAGGAUCCGAGAUCGUGGACGAUCUAACACAUACGCUGCAUCCCACGGCGGGCUUCCUCAUCAUUCACGCCACUGAGAACUACAUGGCCUUCGAGGAGGGGCAGCGAUACCGACUGGAGAUACUCUACACGGCCAUAAUGGCAUCCCGUCCCGCCGGACUAUACUACAUGGAUUAUAUGGACGAGGAAACCAACCGCACCGUAUACGUAGCCGCCACGCAAUGUGAGCCGACAUAUGGUCGCCUAAUCUUUCCCUGCUACGAUGAGCCGGGUUUUAAGUCGAACUUUAGCAUUAAGAUAACCCACGGGAGCACUCACUCCGCCAUAUCCAAUAUGCCAGUUAAGGAAGUACUUUCUCAUGGUGACUUGAAAACCACCUCGUUUUACACAACCCCACCGAUUUCCACCUACCUUGUGGCUUUCGUCAUCUCCGAUUUCGAGAGCAUUUCCGAGACAUAUCGUGGGAUCACGCAAAGCAUCUACACCUCGCCCACUUUCAAGGAAAAGGGUCAAGUGGCGCUGAAGAAUGCAGUCCGAACUGUGGCUGCACUCGAGGACUAUUUCGGGAUCUCGUAUCCUUUGCCAAAACUGGAUCACGUGGCGCUGAAGAAGAACUACGGUGCAGCUAUGGAGAACUGGGGUCUAAUCACCUACAAGGAUGGUAAUUUACUUAAAAACGUAUCGUCGGAUGCGCACAAACGAAAGCUGGACACGAUCACCCAGAACCACGAGAUCGCACACCAGUGGUUCGGCAACUUGGUGUCCCCGGAGUGGUGGUCAUACACUUGGAUGAAUGAGGGAUUCGCCACAUACUUCAGCUAUGUGAUUACGGAUUUGAUCAAUCCUGAUGACAAAAUGAUGGACAUGUUUAUAAACCACGAGGCAGAAAGCGCCUACAGCUACAACAGCUUCUUCGAUGUCCGUCCACUGACCUAUUACGUGGAGGGUGAACAGGACAUCAUGGGUGUCUUCGACAUCAUCUCCUACAAGCGGGGUGCAUGCGUGAUCAAGAUGUUCCACCACGCCUUUCGCCAGAAGCCCUUCGUGCGUGGCAUCAGUCACUUUCUGGAGAAAUAUCGUUAUAGCGUGGCCAAUGAGCUGAACCUCUUCGAUGCCCUGCAGUCGGAGCUCCAGGAGGAUGAGUACUUCUCACAGCAGCCGUGGGCGUCCCGCAUACGGGAGAUUAUGCUCUCCUGGACGCACAGCGAAUGGCUGCCCAUUGUGAUGGUCACUAGGAACUACGAGAACAACACCAUCACGUUUAGCCAGCGAUCGGUUCACAUGAAGGAUGAGCUCUGGUGGAUACCAAUUAAUUUUGCCACCUCCAAGUCACCCAACUUCGCGGACACCCAAGUGGAUAUGUUUAUGCCACCGCAACCACGGUAUACAGUUGCAUUGGAGGAUCUGAAGAUCCAGGUCAGCGGCAAGGAUUGGAUAAUUGUGAAUAAGCAGCACACCGGCUUCUAUCUCGUCCGCUACGAUACAGAUAAUCUGAUGGCCAUUGCCAGGCAGCUGCAGACGAAUCACUCGGUCAUCCAUCCCAUAAAUCGACUUGGCCUCUUUCGAGAUCUGGGUCCCCUGAUCGAACAUAACCAAAUCGAGCAGGUGGAAGUGGUGUUUGAGAUGCUGAAGUACCUUGAGUUCGAGGAGGAUGUGCUGAUCUGGAACCAGGUGCAGGAUUCGAUAGAGUGCCUAAUGCGAAACUUGCACGGCACCUCCUCGCAGAGCCUCUUCAAUGAGUUUGUGCGCCGCCUGAUUGGCCCGACUUUUCGACGAGUUUACGUGGAAAACGGCGUAAAUUUACCCGAAGAUGGCAUAUCGCAUGGGAUACUAGAAAUCGCCUGCUCUGCGGAUCUCCCCGAGUGCCUGGAAUACACACGUCGCCUGGCUAAGGAGUAUAUCAUUGAUAAGAUAUAUUUAAGAGUGGAAGCGGAUUACCAUGCCGUCAUCGAUUCCGUGCUGUGCAUGGGAGUGCGAUAUCUAAGCGAUCAGGACUUCCAGAGGGUAAUUGAUAUGAUGCAGGAAAUUGAUCGCGGUUCGGUGUACUACGAUGACAUUAUAUAUGCCCUGCGCUGCACGCAGAGUCAUCGGCAUUUGUUGUACUAUCUGGAAGGGCUGAUGGGUGAAAAUUCCACCCAUAUGGUUCUUUCCGAACUCGAAGAUUUAAUGUAUCUCCUCUACAUAUACAAAUCGAAUCUGGCCUCUCGUCCGAUCAUCUGGCAGUAUAUCGAGCGCAACUACAAGUUCCUCUGUCGAGCACCAAACUUUUUGGAGCACUUCAAACAGCUCGCUGGAUUUGUGCCCAGACAUCAGAGAUCACAGUUUGAGAGGCUGCGCCAGACUAUUGCGGACCACAUGUUGCAGGAGGGUCUGAACUCGAACCAAACGCUGAUCGCUGCUGAUUCACCGCUGGUGGGCAAGAAGAUGAAGAUCACCGAGAAUUUCCAGGACAAGUUCGAGCAGCAGAUCCACAAAUGGCUCCUGAACGAGCUUCCUCAGGAGUCCGGGAGGAGUGACGCCCUUCUGUCCGCCUCCCUCAGUGCGGCCAAUGGGUCAAGUCGUCCUCAGGGUGUCCUCAAGGAGGCGACUCGUGUGUUGCGCAGUGCGUUACGAAUAGUAGAUAUGUAUAGGUGACCACAGUUUGGGUCCAACUAGGUAACACUUAAGUACAAGCUUA